GCGGUCCACUAUGACGGCGGUGUCUUUGUCCCCUAGACGGAUCGUAAUCGGGAAGUCGUAACCAGUAGAGGACAAGCCGAUCGAGUCGAGGUUGUUCCUCGACAACAUCAGAGCAGGUGACAGAGGAUGGAUUUGGAAGGAGGGUGGAGGAACACGAAGCAGUGGGGGGCGUCUCAAGUGAUGAAGGUUGCGACGCCUUGGGGUCAUCCAGUGGAGAGGGUGUCACCGGGGAGGGGCGAGGCAGACGGAUUGUCGAUGCCAAAUGGGCCGUCGGUGGAACGGGGGAUGUCACCGGCGAGUUGGCCGGCAGACGAGUUGUUGAUGCCGGGACGAGGUCCUGGGGACUGUGUUCAGGACAAGGAGGGACCCGCGUCUGCGGAGGGGGGUGACGCGGAAGUCGCAGGUCGAGGGGCCGAGGAUUGGCGGGUCGGGGGAGGUGAACUCGUCCGAGGAGGUGAUGGAGGAGGUGUCCUCGGAGACAAUGUUGUGGAAGAAGAGAGGGCGUGGAGGGGCCGAUGUAAGUGCGGUCUUGUAGGGGGAGAGGAUGCGGUCGAGUUCGAGGGUACAAGUGAGGAGGUCGGUGAGCGUCAUUGGGGGCUCGUGGGCAAGGGCGGCCGCCAGGUCUUUGCAGCAAACACACUUAACGUGGGAGAUGAAAGCGAAAUCGUUGACGACGUCAAAGGGGAUAUGUUGACGAAGCGAGCGGACGUACUGCACAAAACGGUUGGUUGGUCCGGUUUGUUGGAGCCGACAAAAUUGGUCGAUAUAGUCGUCGACCGUUUUCUGUGGGCGGAAGGUGGAGGUGAUGAGGGUGGCCCACUCAAGGAAGGUGUGAGUCCGGAGACCGGCGUGAUGGCGAUUAGACAUUUCGGUGUACCACCAACGAGCAGCGUUGUCCACAAGUCGCCCGCCAGCGAUGAGGAGCCAGUGGAUGACAAGGAUGCCGUGGAGGGAGAAGGCUUCUUGGAGUUUGGGGUUGUCGUCUUGGGUGAGGGGGGAGGUGGGGCGACCAUGGUGGAGGUAGUGGUGGAUGAAGGUGGGGGUGUACAGGUGGACGAUGUUGGUAUGGAGGUUGAAGCGGAGCCUUGUCCAGAGGAGGGGGUGGGUUGGGGUGUGGAGGAGGGGGGCGUGGUCGUGGUGACGACCGUGAUGGCAGGGGAGUUUCCCUCAAGCAUGGUGACACGAUCGGAGAUGGCGGCCAUGGUGGUGUUGGUGGUGGUGAGGAAGGAUUUGAGGACGGUCAACGUUUGGAGGAUAGUUCCGAGUUCCAGGGUGGUGGUGGUCGAAGUUGGCUGAUCGCCUUCGAGUUCACCGACAAUGCUGUUGACGGAGUCGGAACGAAGAUCAGACAUGUUGAUGGAAGAUUGGGCCAUGGUGGGGGAAGAGGAGGUGGAUGACAUAGCCGGAGCGGAAGUGGAGAGCCGGAGCGGAAGUGGAGGUGGUAGCAGCGGAUGUGAUAGCGGCAGCGGCGGCGGCGGCGGCGCGUUGGGAGGUCUUGGUUUGGUGUGGUGGCAUGUGGAGAUGGGGGGGACAAUUCCUAUUUACAAGAAUAGAGCAUCAUCAAGUGAUUUAGCAAUGAAGGUACCAGAGAAUC